AUGACUGGCUCUGGUGAUAACACUCCUUUACGGUCUGAUUCUAACGUUAUUCAUCAAGGUGCAUCAAAUGAACUGUUGUUGGAAUUCCUCGAUAGUGUUAUGUACAAACGCUUCGAUGUUGCCCUCAGGCUAUGCCGUAAAAUAAUAGAUGAGGAGCCCGAUAACUAUGAAGCACAUGCUUUUCUUCCCAUGCUUGAAGAAGCCCAGUCACUGAAAUCGACAGGAUAUUUUAAUCCAUUGGAUGUCUCUUCAUCAGAAGAAUCCGAAGGAAGUAACAGAGAAGAAAAUGAACGAAAAAGAGAAAGACGUAUAUCUUCAUCGUCUUCAGAGGAGUGGGACUAUAGCACAACAACGUCGGAUUCCGAGGACUUGUCUGGUCAGGAGGACGAUGAUUAA